AUGGCUGAAGUUGUUCAAGAACCCGCCAUUGUCAUUUCAGAUCCAUCACAGAUCGAAGUUAAACUCUUUAACCGCUGGAGCUUUGAUGAUGUCCAGCUCUCUGACGUCUCUUUGAGUGAUUACAUUGGAGUUGUGGCAUCCAAACAUGCCACAUACGUUCCUCACACUGCUGGUAGAUACUCUGUGAAGAGGUUUAGGAAAGCUCAGUGCCCUAUUGUGGAGAGGAUCACAAACUCUCUUAUGAUGCAUGGUAGGAACAAUGGAAAGAAGCUCAAGGCUGUCAAGAUCAUCAGGCAUGCCAUGGAAAUUAUUCAUUUGCUUACUGAUCAGAAUCCAAUUCAGGUCAUUGUUGAUGCUGUUGUCAACAGUGGUCCUCGUGAAGAUGCUACUCGAAUUGGUUCUGCUGGAGUUGUGAGAAGACAGGCAGUGGAUAUCUCACCCCUUCGUCGUGUUAAUCAAGCUAUAUAUCUUCUCACUACUGGUGCACGCGAAGCUGCUUUCAGAAAUAUUAAGACAAUGGCUGAAUGUUUGGCUGACGAACUAAUUAAUGCAGCGAAAGGUUCAUCCAACAGUUAUGCAAUAAAGAAGAAAGAUGAAAUUGAGAGAGUUGCCAAGGCAAAUCGCUAA